AGAAAUUCUACCAAUCAGGAAACGUUUUAUUUAUCACGCCAGCCAGUAUCUGCGGUCCUCGGGGAUAUCACUACCGUCAAUAGUGAUCUGUCUCUAGGCUAGGUGACUGUUUGAAACUUACAUUAAACUAGAGUCUACAUAGUCUAGAUUACUCUAGAUCUAAACACAAUGGGAGUAAAAUCGGAUACAGAUAUAUUUUCAAAUUCAAUGACAGAGGAGGAUCCUAAUGAUAACAUACAGUAUUCUGAGGGAGAUGCUGCCAAAAAACCUAGGUGGGGUCCGGAACACGCAGGAGCCAAAGAGCUUGCUAGUAAAUACACUGCAGGUAAAAGAUUUCAAGAAACUGUUUGCUUAUUUGUCAGCAUAGCUUUAUUGAUCAUAAAUUUCUGCUAUUUGGUACGCUACUUUGACUCAAGCCAGUGGUUCAUGAUACUUGUUUGUGCCUUGCUUGGAAUUGUGACAGCUGACUUCUGCAGUGGCCUUGUUCAUUGGGGUGCAGACACAUGGGGCUCUGUAGAUUUACCAAUAGUUGGGAGUGGCUUUAUUCGUCCAUUUCGGGAGCACCACAUUGAUCCUACCUCUAUCACACGACAUGACUUUAUUGAGACCAAUGGGGAUAACUUUGCAGUAACUAUACCAGUUAUUGCUUAUACAGCUUACCAGUUCUAUACUGGCUCUCCGCAGGAAAUAGCAGAAACCUACAACUGGAAAAUGUUUUUAUUUUUGCUGGCAGUUUUUGUUAGCCUGACCAAUCAGUGCCACAAAUGGUCUCACACCUACUUUGGUUUACCAAGAUAUAUUACUUUACUUCAAGACCUUCAUAUCAUACUGCCUCGCAAGCACCACCGCAUCCACCAUGUCUCCCCACAUGAAACCUACUACUGCAUCACCACCGGCUGGUUGAACUACCCUUUAGAGAGCAUAGGCUUCUGGAGCAAGGCGGAGGCGCUUAUAGAAGGCCUCACUGGUAGCAAGCCUCGAUCAGAUGACAUGGCCUGGGCUAGCAAGGUUCAAUAACAAAGGCAGGUGGUUAACUAAGUUUUUAUUUAAUGUUAUGAUUUCUAAAGUGAUAAAUUCUUUUAGUGUGUGCAUGUGAGUGACUUUAUACAACACUCUAGUGUGUGGGUGCAAAUGUCAACACAAUAGAACUGAUCUCAGAGGCUGUCUUAGCAUAAGUGUUCUAUUUAUUCUAGUGUUGUUCUGUGUCAUUAUUGAAUGCUGUGGAUACUUUUUACAUAUUCAAAUUGCUAUUUUAUAAAGGCUUUAUGUGGAUGUCACUUUGUUAUAAAUGCUUGAAUUAAAGAACCCAGCAAGGACAUCAGAUAUUAUGGUUGUAAUCGCAUUAGUAAAUGUAUAUUUUUGUUAGUCCCUGGACACAUCACUGAGAAAUUUUCAAUCAACUUAUCUAACUCAAGCUUCAAUUGUAAAUAGCAAUUUGACUCCCCUAUCUGUGGGGCUGUCAGUCAUUAAGAUCAUCCAAGUCUGACUUGGCUUUUAUCUUUUAAAUGAAAAUCAGUAAUGCUGUUUUUUUUUUUAUUUUGUGAAUGGCUUUUGAAUGAAAGUUUUAAUGUGCUAGCUCAAUAUUGUAUAUAACUGUAUUUAGUGUGAUGUUCUAAUGCAGCUUGACAUUUCAUAAUAUGCUUUCGAUUAUGUAUUUUUCUAGCAGUAGUAUGCCUUGUUGUAAAAAAAAUUCUAUACUACCAAGACACAUUUUUUUUUAUGUUGGCUGUUUUUGUCCCACCUUUUUUUUUUACAUUUAAUUGAAUAAAACAAUAGUUUUGUUGUUGCAGUAAAAUGGCAGUAAUUACCCCCCCCCCCUUUUUAUCUGUAACCCUUGGAAUCCUGAACUAUUGUCCCUGAAGACAAAAUUACAGUGUGCUUCUGAAUAUCUAAAACAUUAUCUAAACAUCUUUAAAUCAUCUUGUUCCAAAGUUAGUACCUGUGGUAGACUAUAUAUUUUGUAACAAGUUUACUACUUUAGUAAAGUAUUGAGACACAGAUACCAAACUGCUAUUACAACUGUGCUUAUAACUUUGCUACUGUCAACUACGUGUGUGAAAUUUAAGCUUGAGAAUAGAUUAAGUGUUCUUUGUGUAAGUACAGAGAGAAUAGCUGUAGGAAUUUACAUUUUAUGUUUUGUUGUAGUCUUUUUUGAAAUCAUUUGUAGAUGAAUCAAUACAUUUAAAAUUUUACAUCUUUCUUGUCUAUGUAAUGUCAUUAAGUUAGACUUCUUCAAUUAUAUAAAAGCUUUUCCCCAAAUACUUAGGUAUAAAAUAAAAUAAAAAAUUGACUAAAUAGAUAGUAAGGUGUGUCAACACAAAUCUUUAUAACAGAUUUUUUUUUAUACUGAUACAUAUUGUAAUUUUGUUUUCUUGAAGUGCAUUGAAAAACAUGAUGUAAUGAAAAGUUAGUAUUUUAAUUUCACAAAUAAUUUUGUUUCCAUUUUCUCCAAGUUAUCAUUUGUCUACCUCUGUAUAAUUGUGUUUGCUAAGUGUAGAAUUGUGGACAUGGUUUUUGGCAUAGGUAAUGCCAACUGAAGUGUGAGAAGCUUGAAUCCUGGUAUAGGUGCUAGUAUUUUUUUGCCUGAGUGACCUAAGAUGAGGAAAAUUAAGCCUAGCCUUGUAACACCCACAUACCAUACAACUAAUUUAUUGGUCUAGUUAUUUCUGAGUAGCAUGCAAGUACAAGUGUAUUGUAUUUUGGCAAGAUUUGUUUGGUUUAGCUCAUUGCAUUAGUGUAAACGUAUUGGAUGAGUGUAAAGUUUUAGUGCCCUCAACAAUAUCUGGACUCAAGAACCGCCUCUACAUUUUUUUAAAGUGCAUAGACCACGACCACUGUAUAUUGAUUGUAAUAAAAUAUUUUGCUCAUGGAUAAUCCCGUAGAUGUGGUAACCAUUGGUAUAGUUUUUAGUGGAAAUUGUGUUUUGUACUAGAAUAGUAGAAAGCUGAACAAAAUUAGUCAUUAUUUACAUAUAUUUCGAUUGGACUUGUAACCUUCUGAGCAAUAUCUAUAUAAUAGACCAUUUGAGGUCCUUAAAAUUGUGUUUCCUUAUUGAAUAUUACAAUUAUCAUUUAGAUAUGAACAAAAUUAUUUUCAAUCUCUACUUCAGUGAAAUAAAUUUGAUAUAUAGAGUGCAUAUGUUAUAUAUUAGCACAAACUCAAAUUUGAUGAUUGCAUACUUUUUGUUUCUUUUAAUUGAACCAGCUUGAAUGUAUUUGUCAUAACAUUUGUCUAUAUUAUUUUUAAGAUUAUGUAUGCAUUUACUGUUGUUAUGAAUUCAUUGGCCAUGUCAUAACUGUAAACUGUAUUUUGACAAUGUCAUUGAAAACUUGAACAUCUCUGUUCAAUCAAGAGUAUGAAUAUAUAUAUAUAUAAAUAUUAAACAAAACAAAAAGAUACAAAAACUAAUUCAUCCAGUCCAGUAAUUUGGAUGUACAUGAUUGUGUAUCUUUUCAGCUUCCUGCCAUUGUGUUAUGCGCCAAAGUUUCUUGUUAUAAAGCUAUAUAUCUAUACAUCUGUGUACACUCUGUGUUUUGUUACUCUGUUUCUAGUAAUCAUUUCUAAUAAAUGCUAAUUUACAUGCAAUAUCUGAGAACAUGAACAUUUCAAGACAAAAUCACCAUAAAAGUCUUAAGUGUUGUGUAAAUUAAGUGUUGCUGUUUGAUGUUACAUCUAUCUCCCUGCUUAGAACUCUUCUCUGCUUUUAUUUAAGAUAUUGUUAUGACCCUGUUGUAGCAAAACCAACAUAUAUUUGGUAAUGUUUAAUCUUAUUCAAAUUAAUGUUUUUUCUUUUUAUUUCCAGUCCAGUGAGAAUUUUUUACUAAAAUUGAAAUCUUGUUUAAAUUUUUAUUAGAAUUGGCCUAAACGACAUAAUAGUUGCCUAAAUAAAUUUAUGGAUUCAUAUUUUAUCUUGAUGCCCAAUUAUACUAUAUAAAUUUAACAUUUUAAUAUGCAAAUUUAUUGAGGCAGUCACCAAUAGGCAUAACACUCUGCUCAAAUGGUUUGUUUCUGGCUACCCUAGAUUAUACAUGGUAUGGAAGGAGCCCUCUAAGUGAUAUAGGAGGGGGGACUACUCUAUCAGGUGGUAAAUGUCAGUUAAGGGAUGAGGCUAAUGUGCUUCUCAUACACACCCUGCUGUUCACUGUUACCACAAUUGAUGCUUGGGGAAAUUAAAAGUUUACAUCAUUAGUUGAAAACAUUAUUUUCCUGGAGACAAAACAAAAUAAAUAUUGCAUGAAAUUUCAAUGCCUUAUCUAUGAAACAUCUCAAGCAAUAUUGUAUAACAUGAUUUACUGAGUGAGCCAGUGAACAAAGUGCUUCUUUGUUAUUUGAUUUUUUGUAUGUAUUUAGAAUAGAGUCAAUGGAUGACCGUGCCAUUCAAGUUUUUAUUUUUAAAAUUGAUAUAUUGUAUUAGUUAUGCCAAGCCUGCUAAACCAAUUGUUAUUGCUUACUUUGAAAAUCAAAAUAGUACCAGGGAGGAGGAGAAUGGCUUACAUGUCGUAGAGAUGGGCUUUAUAACAUUUUUCAAAUCUACACCAAUGUAAUCACAUUUAGUUUUAUUCUGCAUGUAAUAAACUACUCUUUUUUUUUUUUAAACCCAAUGAACAUGUAGGAUGACUUUGAAAAAUGCAGUUCUAAAACUCAAGUCUUCAGUGUUUAUAGUAGCUUUCAGUGUCCAUGCAUUUUAUUGUUCAGUCAUUUGGCUUAUGUAAUGGCCCCAGUGUUAACUUUCAUGUCAUUGUCAGGCAAACAAAUCUUAAUUUUAUAUAUUUUUUUUUUAAAGAUUUCUAUUCAAUGACUUUGGUAUUAUUUUGAUGUUUAGAGGGAUGGGAACACUACUGUUGUGUGGACAUUAACAUAGUAAGAGAAUGCCUCCAGAUGAUGUACAUUGCUGUUUUAAUUCAAUUGAAAGAUUAUAAAAUGUCUCUAAUUUGAUUGUAAUAAACAUUUGUGAUGUAA